GAUAACCAGAGCACGUGCCAAGAAAUUGGAGCACGCUUUGCAGAACUUAUGGACGAAUAUUCUGGAAGAGGCAUGCAGUUCGAGAGACGAGCGAGUCGACUCGGGGCUGAUUUUGGUCAUCAAGAGUGCUGAACCUCAUCAGUACACAUCGGGACAUUAAAUGAUGACCACAACCACCUCAAAUCGGGUUGAAUAUGCAUCCUAGAAGAUGGCCACCAAUUCUGGUUUGACUAUUAGGUUGGAAUAUGCCUUCUAGAAGAUGGUCACCAAAUCUGGUUGGAAUAUUAGGUUGGAAUAUCUGGUUGGAAUAUCUGGUUGGACUAUUAGGUUGGAAUAUGCCAUCUAGAAUAUGCUUGUUUUCCUUAGUUGUCUUCAAUUGCAAGAGCAUUAUAUAAGCUCCUCCCUAGGUUAGUUUUAGACACAACUCUUCUACCAUUUUUCCUAUCUUGUGAGAAAUAUUCUCCAAAUUGUUCUUGUUGAACUUAUGCUUCAAGGGUUGCAAGUCGAUUACUUGUAGUUCUUAAGCUUCUUAUAAUAUCGGUUUCUAGCUCUAUAUAGCUACGGGGUCGAUAUUCCACCUUUCGAAAUCUCUAUCUUGGACGAUCCGGGAUUUGAUUCCAUAUCAUUGUUGCUGGGUUCCGCGACGGAUUCGACGGGGUUCACAUCAUUUUGGUAUCAGAGCUUAGGCUCCAAAUUGAGGUUUCAUCUAUCCUUGUUUUUUCCUUGUUCACCAUUCUGGAAUUUUUAGAUCUAUCUUCCAUUUCUAUCCUUUCCAUUUAGUCUUGACUGAUCCGUUCAUAGCUAUUAAAAAAAAAAUCGUCCAAAAAAAAAAAACGUGAAAAAGAAUCAAAAAAAAAAAAAAAAUAAAAGAGGAGAGGAGAUCUGAUUACACAGGCCUUAAGUAGACCUGUCAUAGUUGCUUCCAUUCUGCUUUUCUCCGAUCGUAUUUGUGUCCAUUCCAUCUUUGAUUUGUCUGGGAUCAUUCCUUUUACAUACAUCUUAUCCAUCCAUAUAUCUCUUCGCUUCUUUGCUACUUGGAACUGAUAUUAUAAGUGGCUCGAGCGAACAAGUAAUUUCCUCAAGGACUUGUAAUUAGAUUGCUCAGUUCGUCCAGAACUUUGUGGAGAAAUCUGUGAGAGGAAAAAGGCCAGAGGGAGUGAGACCAUCAGAGGGUAAAAGCCAUUUGUAUCGAGUGAAAUACGAGAGUUUGUGUGACAUCGAUUUGAGAGUAAACACGUGAGGGAGUGAUUGUGAGGUCCUUUUACUCUAAUAUUUCUUUGCAGAUUUCAACAUGUCGCAAGAAGAUAGCGGGGGACAUGAGCAAAGUAGUGGAGGGCCUGAUCAAAGCACAAUUAUUCGGGCUAUGCAACAACAAUUUGAGCGAAUGAACAUGGUGCUCAAUACGAUUAAUGACCGGUUGGAGAGGCAUGAUGAGCGGAUUGACCAGUUGCGACAAGCUCCCAAUCAACAACCAAGGAGGAACAAUAACCGACAACCAGCACCUACUACUGAUCCAUUUGAUGGCCACGGGGAGAGAUCCUAUGAUGAUGAGGAUGAUGUAUCUUCCAUUGCCGCAAUGAGACGAGCUCGAGGAGCAAGGGCUGAGACGCCAUGGCGCGGACGUGGAAGGCGCCAAGAAAGAGACACCGUUGAUCGUAAUAUGGGGUCCAUCAAGCUGACCAUUCCUCCAUUCCAAGGCAAGAGCGAUCCCGAUAUUUACAUCGAAUGGGAAAGGAGGGUUGAACUGGUUUUUGAUUGUCACAACUACUCCGAGGAGAAGAAGGUGAAGCUUGCAGCUGUGGCAUUCACCGACUAUGCCAUAGUUUGGUGGGAUCAAUUGACGGUGAGUAGACGCCGAAAUGGAGAGCGACCUAUUGACAAUUGGGAGGGCAUGAAAGCUGUCAUGCGGAGGAGGUUUGUCCCAUCCCAUUACUACCGGGAUUUAUACUUGAAGCUGCAGAAUCUUAAGCAAGGGUCUAAGACCGUGGAGGAGUACCACAAGGAGAUGGAGAUUGCCAUGAUUCGCGCCAAUGUUGAGGAGGAUCGAGAGGCAACCAUGGCUCGGUUCAUUAGUGGACUUAAUCGGGAGAUUGCCAAUAUUGUGGAGCUGCACCAUUAUGUGGAGCUUGAAGAAUUGGUGCACAUGGCUAUGAAGGUUGAGAGGCAACUCAAGAAGGGGGGACGAUCGUCAUCCAGGUUCGAAUCCUCUAAUUCGAAUUCGAAGUGGACUUCCAAGUUUGAAGGGGCUGGACCUAAAUGGACUGGUUCGAAGCAAGAGGAGAAGGCCAAGGGAAACAAGCCCGCAACCAAGCCAUCAUCUGAUUCUAAGGAGAGGGAUGCCGAUGAUGUGGAGCAUGCUGUAUCGGGUCAAACUCUUGUUGUUUUGAGAGCUCUACAUGUGCAAGCCAAAGAAGAUGGUGAUGGGCUACAAAGAGAGAACAUUUUCUACACUCGAUGCCACGUGAAGGAUCGAGUAUGUGGACUGAUUAUUGAUGGGGGAAGCACUGUGAAUGUGGCAAGCAAGCUGAUGGUGGAGAAGCUUGGUUUGAGCACUCAAAAGCAUCCAAGGCCAUAUAGACUUCAGUGGCUGAAUGAGAGUGGUGAAUUAAAGGUGACAAAACAAGUGUUAAUCUCAUUUUCUAUUGGGAAGUACCAUGAUGAAGUUUUGUGUGAUGUAGUUCCUAUGAUAGCCAGCCAUUUGUUACUCGGGAGGCCAUGGCAAUUUGAUCGAAGAACUACACAUGACGGGUACAAGAAUCGGUAUAGUUUCAUCAAGGAUGGUCGAAGCAUGACACUUGCACCGCUGCCACCACAUCAAGUGUUCGAAGAGCAACUCCAAAUCAAAAGGUCCAGUGCUGAGAGUUCAAAAGAAAGUAAGAGAGUGGCUGAACCAAAAGAAAAGGAGAGUAAAAGUGAGAGGAAAGAAAUUCGAGAGAAAAGUGAGAAAGAGAGUGAAAAGAAAGAAAAAUGUGAGAGUUCAGCCUUGAAAAGAAAAGAGGGGAAGAAAUUGAGUUUCUUCACAAAAGAAAGAGAAUUAGAGAGUGUUAGUAAGGAUGAAAGGCCAAUGAUAUUGUUCUUGUACAAAGAGGCCUACUUAUCUAAUACUUUUAACCUAUAUUUGCCUAGUGUUGUGGUUUCUCUUUUGCAGGAGUUUGAUGAUGUGUUUCUUGAGGGGACGCCACCGGGAUUGCCACCAAUCCGUGGGAUCGAACAUCAAAUUGAUUUCAUUCCAGGAGCGCCCAUUCCAAACCGGCCAGCAUAUCGGUGUAAUCCCGAAGAAGCAAAAGAACUCCAAAAGCAAGUUGAUGAGUUGCUGACCAAGGGCUAUGUCCGAGAGAGCAUGAGUCCAUGCUCUGUGCCCGUGUUGCUUGUUCCCAAGAAAGAUGGCACAUGGAGAAUGUGUGUGGAUUGUCGAGCUGUGAAUAAGAUAACGGUAAAGUAUCGCUAUCCUAUCCCUCGAUUAGAUGAUAUGCUUGAUGAAUUGCAUGGUUCCACUAUAUUUUCUAAGAUUGAUUUGAAGAGUGGAUACCAUCAAAUUCGCAUGAAAGAAGGAGAUGAGUGGAAAACAGCAUUUAAAACCAAGGGUGGAUUGUAUGAGUGGUUAGUGAUGCCAUUUGGAUUGACUAAUGCACCCAGCACAUUUAUGCGCCUUAUGAAUCAUGUCUUGCGUGCUUACAUUGGAAAAUUUGUUGUUGUUUACUUUGAUGAUAUUCUGAUUUAUAGCAAAACUGAGCAUGAUCAUAUGAAUCAUUUGAGGUGUGUUCUUGAGGUGCUGAGGCAUGAGAAGUUGUAUGCUAACCUUAAGAAGUGUGAAUUUUUCUUGGAAAGUGUUGUUUUUCUUGGUUUUGUCGUAAGUUCCAAGGGUGUGGAAGUGGAUGAAGAGAAGGUGAAAGCAAUCCGGGAAUGGCCUACACCCACUACCAUUGCUGAGGUCCGAAGCUUCCAUGGCCUUGCUGGGUUCUAUCGAAGAUUUGUGCGCAAUUUUAGCACCAUAGCUGCUCCUAUGACCGAGAUCAUCAAGAAGGAAGUUGGCUUUAGAUGGGGCAAAGAGCAAGAGAAUGCAUUCAAUACCUUGAAAGAAAAGCUAAGUUCUGCUCCUUUACUGAUUUUACCGGACUUUUCUAAACCUUUUGAAAUCGAAUGUGAUGCUUCCGGUAUUGGUAUAGGUGCCGUCCUUAUGCAAGAGAAGAGGCCUAUUGCUUACUUCAGUGAGAAGCUCAACGGGGCUGCGUUGAACUACUCCACAUACGACAAGGAACUCUAUGCUUUGGUGAGGGCUUUGGAGACAUGGCAGCAUUACUUGUGGUCCAAGGAGUUCAUCAUUCACACCGACCAUGAGUCCUUGAAGCAUUUAAAGGGUCAAAGCAAGCUGAACCGAAGGCACACACGUUGGAUCGAGUUCAUCGAGAUGUUUCCCUAUGUGAUCCAAUACAAGAAAGAUUCGAGGACGAAUCCUUUUGAAGAAGGGGGGAAUGAUAGGGUUGAGCCGGUCUCCGAGCAUGAGGACAAGUUGCAUAUUUCUACCGGACCGAUAACCAGAGCACGUGCCAAGAAAUUGGAGCACGCUUUGCAGAACUUAUGGACGAAUAUUCUGGAAGAGGCAUGCAGUUCGAGAGACGAGCGAGUCGACUCGGGGCUGAUUUUGGUCAUCAAGAGUGCUGAACCUCAUCAGUACACAUCGGGACAUUAAAUGAUGACCACAACCACCUCAAAUCGGGUUGAAUAUGCAUCCUAGAAGAUGGCCACCAAUUUUGGUUUGACUAUUAGGUUGGAAUAUGCCUUCUAGAAGAUGGUCACCAAAUCUGGUUGGAAUAUUAGGUUGGAAUAUCUGGUUGGAAUAUCUGGUUGGACUAUUAGGUUGGAAUAUGCCAUCUAGAAUAUGCUUGUUUUCCUUAGUUGUCUUCAAUUGCAAGAGCAUUAUAUAAGCUCCUCCCUAGGUUAGUUUUAGACACAACUCUUCUACCAUUUUUCCUAUCUUGUGAGAAAUAUUCUCCAAAUUGUUCUUGUUGAACUUAUGCUUCAAGGGUUGCAAGUCGAUUACUUGUAGUUCUUAAGCUUCUUAUAAUAUCGGUUUCUAGCUCUAUAUAGCUACGGGGUCGAUAUUCCACCUUUCGAAAUCUCUAUCUUGGACGAUCCGGGAUUUGAUUCCAUAUCAUUGUUGCUGGGUUCCGCGACGGAUUCGACGGGGUUCACAUCACUAAGCCGUGAUGGGAUGCAUCACUAUAUAUCACAAACCCCUCAUCAG